GCCCGCAUAUACGCCAGGGGGACAGACGUACCUCGCUCGUGUCCCGGGAUAUCUCUCUUUUUCAGUCUUCCGAGCCGAGAGACAGAGUCUACACACACACUCGUCUGUUUUCCUCGAGCGCACGCUGCGUCCUCCCAGUGUCUCUCUACAUGUUUGUGCAGUUCUGCGGUUGCGAAAAAAUUACAGCAGUGCAGAUAUUACGUGUGUGUAGUUUGUGCAUUAUGCAAGGUGCCGCGAGAGUGCCCAGCAGCGAGACAACGAGACGCAGACGGAGAAGGAUCGCCAGCAGCAGCGUCCCUCCGAAACCCUGAUACAUUGCUCCUGCUCUCGAAUCGGAGAUAGCUCGGUUUUUUCCGCCGGAGGCUGCAGCGAACGGGGUCAGUUCCCCGCACCAACGAGGUCAAGGGCCUUUCACCGCGACGACGCCGUGUGUGUGUGUGUGUGUGUGUGUGUACGCGCGUGUGUUGUACUGCUUCGGAGGAAAAUUCGUGCGCAAAGAGGCUGGAAUGGCCGAUAAUCGGCAGCGUCUUAGUUGAAAAAGAAGAAGAAGACGACGAGGAAGAAGAAGCGCCAGCAGCAUGCUCAAGUGGAUAAAGGUGCGCCAGGAGGCGCAGCAGCCGGCGACGCAGCUGCAGCAGCAGCAGCAGCGGCAGCAGAUCGAGGAGGAGGAGAACGAUAGCGGCAUGGAGAGGGAGCUCGACUCGCCUGCCGCGCUACUGAGGAACACCGGCGACUACGCGAGCGACUCGAAAAAAUCGGGAUGCACGUUCGCCGCCUUUCUUGACCUGUUCUCGCAGCUGCAGUUCUCUCAAGAAAGCGCCCUGCCGCCAGAUGCCCUGCGACGAGCGCUGGCUGAGAGCUUCCUCGACCAGCAGAGAUUCCAGCUCGGAUUCAUGGACGAUGCCGCCGAGUGCUUCGAGAACAUUCUGCUGCGCAUACACCUGCACAUAGCGAGCGGCGAAGCGGAGGACAUGUGCAGCGCCAGGCACUGCGUGCCCCAUCAGAAGUUCGCCAUGACGCUCGUCGAGCAGAGCGUCUGCGGGGACUGCGGAGCCACUUCCGAGCCGCUGUCGUUCACUCAGAUGGUGCACUACGUUUCGGCGUCAGCCCUGACGUCGCAAGCGCGGCAAACUUUACCGGCGGCUCGCGGCAGCCCGGAUCUGUUUGGUCAGCUCUUGCGACGAGCCGGUGGAAUGGGCGACAUCCGAGGCUGUCCGAGCUCCUGCGGUGCCAAGAUCCAGAUCUGCCGUACGCUGAUGAACAGGCCCGAGAUCGUCUCCGUCGGUGUGGUCUGGGACAGCGAGCGUCCCUCUCUCGAGCACAUAAUGGACGUGUUCGCGACGGUCGGCACGUCCCUGCGCCUGAGCGACGUGUUCCACAGCGUCGUGGACUCGCGCUGGGGAGCCACGACGGUGCACAACCUCGUCGGCGUGGUCACCUACUACGGCAAGCACUACUCGACCUUCUUCUUCCAUACGAAGCUCAAGGUCUGGAUCUACUUCGACGACGCGACCGUCAAGGAGAUCGGACCCAGGUGGGAGCAGGUCGUCGACAAGUGCCGACGCGGACGCUACCAGCCGCUGCUUCUGCUGUACGCCAGCCCCGCCGGUACGCCCGUCAACACCGAGAACGCCCCGAAGGCCGUGACGCCGUUCCUGAACGGUGGAUCUCUCAAGGGUUCGCCCAACGGCAAGACCGGUAACAACAGUCUGCGGAGGUCCGUCACCCCCAGCCCCGAGAAGCCCUUGGGUAACAACAGUGCCACUGCCAGGAGGGCCAUCACUCCGAAUCCGGACAGCCCGCCACAUCUGUAUACCCAGCGGAGGAUAUACGGCGACUACCAGAACCUCACCGACAUCCAGAACAACAUAUUCGGCAACGGUCACCAGCAGGGCACCGAUGCCGUGGACGGUGACACCGAGGCCAAGUACAUCAGCAGGCGGGCCGUCGAGACCGUGAUGAUGCAGCACCAGCAGCAGAAGAAGCAGAUCCAGCUGACACGAAGUCUCAGUGCCGGGUCCGCUCCUCAAGAUGGCAUCAGCAUCCCGGAACACCUCAACGUGCCCAGACGACGGGACUCGGGCAAUUGGUCCGGCGAUCGCAACAGCGCGUCUUCCAGCUCUUCCACCACCAUGGACAAUCCCUACAACUACAUCAUCAACAAGAUGGCCAAGAACACGGGUAUUCCCAAGAGCCCGACCAGCAAGUCCGGGGAGCUGUCCAGCAGCAGCAGCGGACACUACGACGCUGGAUACGACUCCUACUCGCUGUCCUCCACCGACAGCCUUCCGCUCCAACAGGGUCUCAAGCAUAAUUUGCAGCUUGCGCAGAUACCCGAAGGCUACCAGCAGAUGUCGAGCGACGACUGCGAGCGACUGUGGAAGGAGACCGACGCGCUGAUGGGUAAGGCGCAGGCGGCCGAGAAGGCCGGCGACCUGGGAAGAGCCGUGGCCCUCUGCACCGCCGCCAGCAGCAAGGCCAGGGAAGCCAUGAACAUGCCGUACAGCAACUCCAACACCAUCGAUCUGGCGCAGAAGAAGCACAACUUCUGCGUCAUGAGAAUGAGCUACCUGCAGAAGAAGAUCAAACAGGAGCAGGCCAUAGCCAACGGCGAGAAGGAAGAAAAACUGGAGAGCAGACACUCGCGGGAGAACAGCAAGUCUGGCCAGCACUCGCGGCAAAGCUCACGUGAUAAGGGCAACCACUCGAGACAGAACAGCAGGGAGCUGCUGGUCAACGCCCCCGCAGUGGUGGACAAACCAGCCACCAAGAGCAUCGAGAUCUACGCGACCCUACCGAAGAAGAAGACUCUGCGAAGCAAAGUGACCGCGGCAGCGAACGUAAUCGAGGACGAGGAGUACAUGCUGUACGAUCGACCAGCGCAGAGGACCGGUCUCUUCGGACGCUCGAGGCGCUGCGAGGACGACAAGAAGGACAAGAAGCGCGCGCGUAGUGAGGAGCGCAACAAGAACGUGUCCAAGGAGUUCUCGAUCGCGCCUACGUCGAAGCUCGCGUCGAAAAAAGUCGAGAAGCCCAAGGAGGUGGUCGAGACCGCGAAGAACCAGCAGACGAACGCGUCAGGCGAUCAGAAGCAGGGCAAGAAGCAGCACAAGAUCCGAAGGAAGCUGCUGAUGGGCGGUCUGAUAAAGCGUAAGAACCGCAGUAUGCCGGACCUGCGAGAGGGCCAGGACGGCCAGAGCAGCACGAGCUCCGAGGGAUCAAACAACGUUUUGCCCAAGCAGUCGGUGGACGACUCCAGCGUCGGACUGAAAGGUAGCCCGAACGAUGUUUCGGCGUCGCUGAGCGGCUAUCUGUCCGAAGGUCACCUCGAGUUCACGGGCAACGGCAGCAGUGGUAGUGGAGGCUCGGGUAAUCCGAACUUGGAGAGAAGUCGUCUGAUGAGGAAGAGCUUUCACGGCAGCGCCGGCAAAGUGCUGCACGUGGCGAAGGUUCCUCCACCACCGCCGCUCAGGACAACUUCUCAGCUUAGCAAGUCUAAGUCAUCGAGCGAAGUGCACAGUAGCGAGCAGCAGGCUGACAAAUCUCUCUACCCACUUACCAACGAGCAAAACAUGCCCAACCAGUCGCAGGCCGAGAACAAUGCGUACUGGAGUCAUACGAGUGCCAAUCACCCGAUGCAAGCGAAUCGUCCGGCGUCGAAUUACACGGACUAUUCCUCGGAGCCACAUUCAUUACCCUUCGUUUCCUCGUACAGUGUUGAUCAAAACAAAGGCUCGCCUGCAGCGUCGAUGCCGCAGAGCAACUACAACAGCAAGCCUCGAAUUCAAGACGAUGUGGUGCAAUACGCGAAUGGAAUCCUCUACGAGCCGACGUUCGUCGUGACGCGAGCCGACGUCCACAACGAGCAGAGCCCGGUAAAACAGACAACUAGCGCUGAUCCCCUUCCACCUUAUCCGGAAAACGGAAACGUUUCGCACUCGAGACAGCCCAGCGAGGAGUUUCCACCUCCGCCGUAUCCUAUCGUUCCGCCAGUUGUGCACUCGCGACAAGCUAGCGAAGACUUCCCUCCGCCACCGCCGCCGAUCGAAGACAACAACCACAACCAAAUCGCCGACAACAGUCAUCAUCAUCAUCAGCAACAGCAGCAGCCACAACAACAAGCGCCAGCCCAGCAGCAAUUAGAAUCCCAACAGAUUAGCAUUCUUCUGGCUCAGCUGAAGCUCAAGAGGGAAGCGGCGGAAGCGGCCGAGAAGCAGAGGAGAGAAUCUCUGGUCGAGGAAAGCGAGAAGGCGCAGAACGAGACGUGGCUGAGGGAGCUGCAAGCCAAGCAAGCCGAGAGGCGAACCAAGAAGCAAGGGAGCCUGGAUCAGGACAUUCCGAAGGUCAGACCGAGCUCCAUGCCGCAAGUUACCGGAACAACCAUCGCGAGAAGAACCAGCGAUCUCAUGAUGAACACGAUCAUGAAUCAAGAUGCCGGCAGGGAUGUCCCUGACUGCCCGAGGACGAUCGUCUCUUCCGUCAAGGAUAUGGCAGCGAAGUUUGAGCAGAAGGUUGAAGAGGUCAAACCGCAGAGUCGCAUCUUCUCGAAUUCGCCGACCACCGUCAUGCAGAGUUAUCCGAAUUCCGAAGAGCCGAAGAUGAUUAUGAGGAUGCCGAUGGACAACAUGUCCAUGAUGCAAAGGCCCGAAACCGAGCCCAUGAACGUCUCGGUGAAUUCCAGCAUCGAGUCGAAUUUGAGCCAGGGUACCUUCGUAGCUUUACCUAUGGCGAACGGCAUACCCAUUGACCACGAAAGUGGAAUCAAUGCUGCGAUUCGCUCGGUGAUGACUAUGCAGACCAUGCAACACGAGAACAUCGGCCUGCCGAUCGACUGCCCGGAAGACGAUAUCAGCGAAGUGGCCAUGCAGAAUACCAUUCAAAAUACCAAGAUUCUGGCUACCGAAGAGGACAUCAAGCCAAAAAAGACCAAGGAACGCGUCGGCAAAAAGAAGAGCGUGUCGUUCUGCGAUCAAGUGGUUCUGGUAGCGACGGCCGAAGAUGACGAGAAAGACUCGUACAUCCCUAAUCCUAUACUGGAGAGGAUCCUUCGCUCGGCGAAGAACAAGCCGGAGACGGCACAGGUACGUCGCGAGAUCAAAAGUCUGCAAGAGGCCGAGAUGAAUCGUGAAAUGGCUGUGCCGACCAAGUUCCAGCAGCACACGUUGCCAUUGAAGAGCGAAGCCGAUAGCAUACCCGCGACUCCGUACCAAGAUCAGCUGAGAAGCGUCAAUCCAGCACCAGAGACCUCGAAACCUGCUUUCCCGAGGCAAAACUCGAGUGAAGCGAUCCUUCAGGAUAGCAAGAAGAUGUAUGCUUACGGACCUGAUAGCGCGGAUAUCGCCAGAGAGAGUUACUCGGCUCUUCCCAACAAUCCCGCCAGAACGACUCCGACUCUGAUGUCCCCGCAGCUACAGGGACAGAUUCGUUACACGCAAAACGGAUACCCGCAGCCUCAGCAGAUGGUGCCAUCUCAAAAUCAAAAUAUGUACCCGCAGGUUCAGACAGCUCACCCGAGAAAUCAAAAUAUGCCCCUCUCGCAGAGCCAGAAACCGGCGAGUCCCUACCCGAUGCCUAUUCAGGGACAGUACAUCCAAAACGGUAUUCAGCAAAAGAACAACAGCCCGAAGAACAUGCACCCGUCCUACUAUCAACUGGAGCAGCAGAAUAAUCAAAUGAACAGGCAACUGUCGGGCCCGCAGCAACAGCAACAGCAGCAGAAUAUCAUGAGCCAGAGACUGCAGACUCAAACGCCAAGUCCGAUCACGGUACAGCAGCAUCAGCAACAACUCGGUCUUCCGAACGGACAAUCCACCAGUCCUUAUCCGCAGUAUUCUCCUCAAACGUCGCAAUAUUCUCACAACUCGUAUCAAGGUCAUCCCUACCAAUCGGCGCCUCAGCAGAGGAGCCAGCCCCUACCGCAGUACCAGCCUCCACCGAACCCAGCAGCGCAGCAGGGCCAGCAACAGAAUCUUCAAAACGGCUCCGCGAUCGCCUACCAGCAGAGGCUAGAAAACAACUUCCAGAGGCAGCCCCAGAAGAUCGAGCAACAGCAGCAGCAGAUCAUGCACCCUCAGGGUCAACAGGGCUUCCCGAACGGCCAGAUGCCGGCGAAUAUCAAGUACCCGACGUACCAGCACGUACAGCAGACCAAGCAGAUGAUGAAGCCAAUGCAGCAGCAACAAGUGCAGCCACAGAUGCAGCAGCAGAUGCAUAUGGUGCAAGGAAGCAUGAAAGGCUCUCCGGUUAUGAAUCAAAACGUAGCGGCUAUGCAAAAGUCUUCUAUUUCGGGCGUGCCGAAAGUGGCCCCUUGUCAACUUUGCGGUAAGAAGCAAGUGUGCGAACCGGCUAUUUAUUGUUACGAUUGUGACUUUUACAUGUCGCGCUUCCGUCCGAAGAACUAAACGCGUUCUUCGACUUGUUUUACUUUGUAUUUAUUAUUUUAGAUCCCCGCGUACCUUGUAAAAUGCUAGCGAUCAGCGUAGAAUAGGCAUUCAAGCUAUUAAGCCAUGACACUGAUACGACGAACAGCAGGUCGCUCGUGCUCCUAAACUUCUCGUCUAGGAGUUCGAACAUCCUGCGUCUUGCAUCAGUGUCGUAAGUGCUCGUAGCGUAGUGACGAUAUGUACAAAUAAAAAUGUAUUAGUUCGCGCAUACUCUAUACCGCGAAAAAAGCCUUCGUUGUGCAGCUAUGAAAUAUUUGAUACUGUUUUGUAUCUGUAGCAAGAACAGUGUAUUAUUAUUGCUAAUAUAUAUAUAUAUAUAUAUAUAUAUAUAUAUAUAUAUAUAUACAUAGUUUCUACUUCGAAAAUUAAAUUGUAAAUAUUUAAUUUCCAGAGAUGCUACUUAUGUUGUACAAAUUUGCGUAUAUGAGCAAUUGCAGAUUUUAUUUUUUAAGCCGAUGUAUUAACGUUAAGUUUUCCAUGUGCAAAAGCGUUGAUUUUUAGCGUUAGUUUAGAGCGAGAAAGAAAUAACGCGAAUCAUUGAUAAGAUGCCAGAAUUGUGAUAUUAGCUAUGUUAUAUGUGAAAUUGUUAAUUUUUAGUGCGCCCAUAUUUUAUCGAUAUAUCGUGUAUAGAAAUGAAACGCAUAUGUGUAGACGAUCGAUCGCUCAAUAUAUACUUAAUUACUUUUAGCCGAGCGAGAGGAUCUUGAUCUCUGAAAAGCGUGGAGUUUAUUUUAUGUUAUUUUUAAUUGAAAUUAAAUACUCUUUUUUUGCGUAAAAAUCA